AUGGCUGAUGCAAUUAUAGCUUCCACAAUAGAGGUAGCGUUGGAGAAGACACUUUCCCUUGCCAAUGAAAGGAUUGGCAAGUUAUUCCAAUUCAAGGAGGAUUUGGAGACCCUGAAAGGAUCUGUUGCCAUGAUCCAAGCUGUCUUGGCUGAUGCUGAGGAAAAGCAAAUGCAUGACAAGGCCGUGCAACUGUGGCUCCAGAGGCUAGAAGCCGUGGCGUUUGAUGCCGAGAAUUUGUUGGACGAGCUGAAUUAUGAAGCUCUUCGUCGCCAACUUGUGAGCAAGGUGCGCUCCUUCAUCCUGUCCUCUGACAUUAAUAUUGUUUUCCGACGGAGAAUGGCUUCUAAGAUCAGGGACAUCAACAAGAAGUUGUAUAAGAUCAAUAAAGAAGCCAAUGAUUUUGGACUGAUCAGAUUCCAAAGGGCAAGUUUCCCCCCUUCUACUAGUGCUAAAGUCACACUAAAUAGAGAGACGGAUUCUAUUGCUGGCCAUUAUGUUGUAGGAAGAGCUAAGGAUGAAACAAGGCUGGUGGAGAUUGCUAAGCUUGUCAGAAAAUGCCGUUUCUGUAAUUCCCAUCCUUGGGAUGGGCGGAUUGGGAAAGACAACUUUAGCUCAAUCUGUAUACAACAAUAG